AUGAUUAUACGAUCAACAGUAUACCAUAGAAUACCAUAUAGAAUACCAUAUAGAUAUGUUAGACUAUAUUCAUCAUCAUCUUCUAAUCCAUUUCCAAUUAAUGAUAAUAAUAAACGUGGUAAAUCUAACAACAACAAUAACAACAACAAUAAACUAUCGAAUUGGCAGAAAUUUAUAAAUUAUACUCAAUCAUCAAAAUUUGAAGAUAAAACGAUGCCAAAAUUAUAUUUAUCAGCUAUUAUUCUUGCUUUAGUUCCUUUCUAUUUUUAUAUGAGAGAUCGUUAUUAUGAAGAUAAACAAUUGAAAAUUAUGUAUAAAAAAAAAGAAGAAAAUGCAUCUUCUUUAACUGAAUAUGAGUAUUUAGCUUUAAAAUCUUUUAAUAAAAAUGAUAAAUUAAAACCAUUGGAAUUGAAAAAGUACAAAUUAUAUCAAUUAAUGAGAAAAGAAUUUAGAAGACAAAAUUUAUUUAAUAGUGAUGCUAUGUUUAAUCCAAGUCCAAAAGAUUUAGACGAUUGGUAUUCAAAACAAGCUAGAAAAUCUUCAGCUCCUGAAAAACCAUCACAAUUAUCGCUAGAAAAUGAUAUUAAAUAUUUAGAAAAUGAGCAUAAUCCAAAAAUUCAAAAGUCCGAAGAUACUACUAAUUUUUAUGAUUUAAAAGCUAAAGAAUAUGAUGAUGCGGUUAAAUGGGAAGAAAGAGGUAUAUUUAUGGGUUCAAAAAGAAAAUGGUUAAUGUCUCAUGCUAAAGGUGAUGUAUUAGAAAUUUCUUGUGGUACUGGUAGAAAUAUUCCUUAUUUUUAUCCACAACAAGUUAAAUCAAUUACUUUUAUCGAUUCUGCAAGAAAUAUGGUUCAAAUUUGUAAAGAUAAAUUUGAAAAUCUGUAUCCAAAUUUUAAAAAAGUUGCUUAUGCUGUUGGUAAAGGAGAAGAUUUAACAAAAUUAUCAUCUUCAAAUAUGAAAUAUGAUACAAUUAUAGAAGCUUUUGGUUUAUGUUGUCAUAAAAAUCCUGUACAAGUAUUAAAAAAUAUGUCUCAGUUAUUAAAACCUGGUGGUAGAAUUGUUUUAUUAGAACAUGGUAGAAGUAAUUGGGAGUUUAUAAAUAAUCAUUUAGACUUUAGAUCUGAAAAAAGAAUGGCAAAAUGGAAAUGUAGAUGGAAUUUGGAUAUAGGAGAACUAAUAGAUGAAGCUGGAUUAGAUAUUGUUAAAGAGAAAAGAGCUCAUUUAAGUACUACAUGGAUGAUGAUUUUAAAAAAACCAGGAGAUCCAAUAAAUUCAGAUGAAAAACCAUUUUUAGAUAAAUUAUUUGGACGUGAUGUAAAUAGAUAA